AUGCACAUUCAAAACAAAUGGCUGGCGUGCGAGCUCGAAUCCAGAGAACUAAUGGCUGUCUGUCUCAAGAAGGUUCGUGGCCUGAAGAAAGUCGAGAAAAUUGUCGACUGCCAGUGGCUGUGGACGGAGCCGCACAGUCGGCGCGUGAAGAUGAAACUCACGGUGCAAAGCGAUGUGCUCGACGGACGGGCCGGCCUGCAGCAGUCGGUCAUCAUUGAAGGCGUCAUCCAGAGCACGCAGUGCGACGAGUGCAAGAAGUCCUACACUCCUCACGCAGGGUGGACGGCCAUGGUGCAAGUUCGGCAACAUGCGGAGCACAAGCGCACUUUCCUUUUUCUUGAGCAGCUGGUGCUAAAGCACCGGCUGGCGGCCCGAUUGCUGAAUGUCGUUGAGAAGUCCGAUGGCUUGGACUUCCACUUUCCGAGCAGACAGGCGGCUCUCCACUUUGCGGAUUUCUGUCAGUCUCGCUUCCCUGCCGUGUCUAGACAGGCCAAGCAGCUGAUCAGCCACGAUGCGAGCAGCAAUAUUUACUACCACAAGUACACGAUCAGCGUAACCCUAGCGCCCGUGUGUAAGGCCGACCUGGUGUACAUCCACCGCAAGCAGGCACAAUCGCAGCUCGGGGGGUUUCCGAACCUUUCACUCUGCACGCGUGUGGCUGGCGCAGGGAUCCAGUUGACGGAUCCUUUUUCGGGAAAAGUGGUGAACGUCAGCCCGGAGAAGUACUGGAAGUCUCCGUUCCAGUCGCUGUGCACGCGGAAGCACCUGUCGUCGUUUCUUGUCCUCGACGUGAACCCCGUAGAUCGUCCCGGGCACUCUCAAUCGGAGUCGUCUCGUCGGGAUCCGCCUCGAAGAGGGAAAGGGAAGGCGGCGCGGUCGGAGCCGGAAGGCGAGGACUCAGAAAUGGGCGAGGUUCGAUACGGAGGACGGGCGACGCCGGGGGGGGGUAGGGACAACGACGAGGGUGUCUUGGGCGGGCACAGGAGCGGCGCCGGGAAGAGGAAGAAGAAGCGAAGAAAUAGUAGCGCAAGCAUCCAGGGUGGAGAGACAAUGUGGCCCUCGGGUCGCCCCGACGGUGGACCGCCUGGUGAAGCGGCCGCUGGAGCCAAGGCUGCGACGCGCACGUCGACCGCUGGGACUCUCGUGUAUGAAGUGGAGCUGGUGCGGGCCUCAGACGUCGGCGUCUCUGACCGACGGAUCGUAACGCACUCCCACCUGGGACGGUUUCUCAGUGCUGGGGACUGGGUGAAGGGGUACGAUCUCCGCAGUAUUAAUUUACCAGGAGCGGCGGAUGACGAGUUGGAGCGCGACGCAGGUGGAUCUCGGGCGUCCGCCGCGUCAGGGGUGAAAAAGGGGAGACGGCGAGGCGGGAAAGAGAGAGGCGAUGCAGGCAGCGUGGGCGGCGACGACGACUUCUCGAGUCCGGCGGAGAUCUUGAAGCACCAGGACAACAUGCGGCAGGAACAGGGUCUCGCCGCCUGUGUGCGGUGGGAGGUUGUGAUUGUCAAGAAAGUGCCUGCGCAGCAAAUGCUGAGCGAAGGGCCAGCGGAUGGAGCAGCGCGGGUGGGAAAGGCGGGACGGAUCCGACCCUGGGUGCUCCAGACUUUGCGGAAAGAGCGCGACACAGAGAGCGGCCAAAGUGGGAAGAAGCGGGGCGGCCACCGCGGAGACGACGCGGGCAUGGAAGCAGAGCUGGAAGAGUUCAAGGAGGAACUGGAAGAAGACCCUGAAAUGCGGGCGCAGGUGAACUUGUGGAAGGAUCCGCGCUACGUGGCCCGGUCCAACCGUGACAAGAAGGCGCAAAGGGGAGACGGGAAAAGGAGGGACAAAACCGUAAAGGGUGGAGAGGGGCAAAUGCGGGUCACAGAUGGGACGCACGAGGAGGAUGCGCGCAAAGCACACCAGAGCGAGGAGCCUGGACACGACAGUAGCGAUUAUGAAGGCUACUCCGAGGACGACAGCGAAAAGCUGGUGCACCUUAUGGAAGGGUUGACACUAGAAAACGGAGUCCUGAAAGGAGUAACGGUGGAACCUGGUGCACGGCUCGCAGACGAAGUGGACGAAGACGGGACGCCGAGCAGUGAGGGGAAGAGUGCAGAGAAGUGGACUGCCCCUGGCGCCUCUGCCUCGAACAACAUGAAUGUCGAAGACGACGGCGAUCUGUGA